CAGUAGAGCCGCACUGUAGGAGGCGCCUGGAUCGUGAACGGCCAGGAUUGACUUGACUCGGAUUUGUAGUUUUAAGAAAAUUAUAGGAGUGAGGGAGGAAGGGAGAUUAUGGCGGCGUUUCAAACUGGUGAUAUAGCCGCCUUCCAGACCAUUGAGGUGUCUAGUGAUGGUAACCGAGCCAUUGCCUUCCCUGUUGAUGAAGAGGGCAGGAAAGAGGAUGUAGAGUUCAGUCACGAAGCCACAAUACUGCUCAUCGAAGGCAUCAGGAAGCGUUACACAGAGCUGUCGUCCAACAACCGAGCGAGGCCCUACGUCUACCGGGACCUACACGAGGAACUGACGCUACACGGGUACAACUUCUCCCUCGAGCGGAUCAGACGCAAGUGGAAUAAUCUACUGGGGACGUACAAGCGAGUCAAGAAGGAAUACUCUCCUAGAAAACCGCCCUGGGAGUAUUAUCAGGUGAUGAGUGAAUUCCUUCCUACCGAUCCGAGUUUUUCUCCUGCCAUGGGAUCGACGCCGUUCACCAAGAUGAUCGCUCCGGUGACGACCUUCCACGCCCACAGGGACCCGGUCACUCCGUCAUCCACUUCAUCCGUCAAUCUCCAGCCGUCCGUUACCGUCCACGUUCCGUCUCCGUCCCUCGGGAAGGAGAUAGAACGGGGGGCCAAACGACAAGCCAUGAUGGAACAGUACAUCGAACAACUCAAGGAAAAGGAGAGUUAUGAAGACGACUACAAGAAGAGAAAGGAGAGGAGAGAGAGGAUGAAGAUCAGAGCCCUAAGGAAGAUCGGUAAGGAACUACAAUCAAUAGCCAAGACCCAGAGUGAGAUUCUUAAGAGGCAAGACCUAAUACUCUCAGCUAUCAAGGCUUCUAAGGGUUGAUUCACCCCUAUAAUUGCCCCUCCCUCACUCAUACUUGUAAAUACUAGUCUGUCUCUCCCUUACCUCUAGUCCCCCCCUCCCUCCCCCCUCAC